AUACCUCAGGUUUACUAUUUUGGCCCAUGUGGCAAAUAUAAUGCUAUGGUGCUAGAACUACUUGGACCUAGCCUGGAAGAUUUAUUUGACUUGUGUGGUAGGACAUUUUCUCUUAAAACCGUUCUUAUGAUAGCCAUACAGUUGAUUUCUCGUAUGGAAUAUGUCCAUUCAAAGAACUUGAUAUACAGAGAUGUAAAGCCUGAGAACUUCUUAAUAGGACGACCUGGAAACAAAGCCCAGCAAAUUAUUCACAUUAUAGAUUUUGGUUUGGCAAAGGAGUAUGUAGAUCCAGAAACGAAGAAGCACAUACCAUAUCGAGAACAUAAGAGCCUUACAGGAACAGCUAGAUACAUGAGUAUAAAUACACAUUUAGGAAAAGAACAAAGUAGAAGAGAUGAUUUGGAAGCUUUGGGUCAUAUGUUUAUGUAUUUUCUCAGAGGAAGUCUUCCAUGGCAAGGUUUAAAGGCUGAUACCUUAAAAGAACGUUACCAGAAAAUUGGUGACACAAAACGAGCAACCCCUAUAGAAGUACUGUGUGAAAACUUCCCAGAGGAGAUGGCUACCUAUCUGCGUUAUGUAAGAAGGCUAGAUUUCUUUGAAAAGCCAGACUAUGAUUGCUUAAGAAAGCUCUUCACAGACUUGCUUGAUCAGAAAGGCUAUAUGCUUGAUUAUGAAUAUGACUGGAUUGGCAAACAGUUGCCUACUCCAUUGGGUUCAAUACAUUCAGACCCUGCUGUGUCUUCGAACAGAGAAGUGUAUCAGCACAGAGAUAGAAUACAACAAUCCAAAAAUCAGUCAACAGAUCACAGGGCAGCUUGGGACUCACAGCAAGUCAAUCCACAUCAUUUGAGGGCUCACCUGGCAGCUGACAGACAUGGUGGCUCGGUACAG